UAGCGAAUAAACAAAAACCUGUGAUUACUAAUAAACCGUUCGAGCAGUCUUUUAUGAGAUGAACAAAAAUGAGUCGACAAGUAGAUAUGGACCCCUCGUCGGUGCAAUCGAUGAAGGGACAAGUAGUGCUAGAUUUUUGGUUUUUGCUGCGGAUACUGCCGAAGUAUUAACAUAUCAUCAGGUUUCGAUAUCACAAUCAUGUCCAAAAGAAGGAUGGGUCGAACAAGAUCCUGCAGAAAUAUUACAAGCAGUCAGGGAAUGUCUUAAUCAGACUAUAUUUAAUUUGAGGCAACUUACCAUUGAUCCUAGUGAUAUAGUUGCAGUUGGUAUAACAAACCAAAGAGAAACUACAGUUGUAUGGGACUCUAUUACUGGAGAACCAUUAUACAAUGCUAUUGUAUGGAUGGAUAUGAGAACAACUUCGAUCGUGGAUGACAUAUUGAAAAAGAUACGUAAUCAAAAUAAAAAUUAUUUGAAACCACUUUGUGGCUUACCGAUUAGUCCAUAUUUCAGUGCUUUGAAAUUAAAAUGGUUACUAGAAAAUGUGCCUCGUGUUCGUGAGGCUCUAGAUCAAAAACGUUGUCUGUUUGGUACAAUUGAUUCUUGGUUAAUUUGGAACUUAACUGGAGGGACAAGUUUUGGUGUCCACGCCACUGAUGUUACAAAUGCUUCGAGGACAAUGCUAAUGAAUAUUACAACUUUAAAAUGGGAUCCAACAUUGUUAUCAUUUUUUAAUAUACCUCCAGAAAUUUUACCUGAAAUCCGUAGUUCGUCAGAAAUAUAUGGAUAUAUACAAGAUGAUAUUUUAUCUGGAGUACCAAUAUCAGGAUGUUUAGGUGAUCAGCAGUCAGCGUUGGUAGGUCAAAUGUGUUUACAAAAAGGACACGCAAAAAGCACUUAUGGCACAGGUUGUUUUCUCUUAUACAACACUGGAACUGCUAUUGUAGAUUCGUCUCAUGGAUUAUUGACAACAGUCGCCUAUCAGUUAGGACCACAAGCAACACCGGUAUAUGCUCUUGAGGGAUCAGUAGCUAUAGCUGGUGCUGUUAUUCAAUGGCUGAAAGAUAACCUUGGUAUACUGUCUGAUGUGAAAGAGUCUGAAUCUCUUGUUGAACAAAUUCCUACUGAUAAUCGCGUUACAUUUGUGCCUGCAUUUGCUGGAUUAUAUGCUCCAUAUUGGAGGAAAGAUGCAAGAAGUGUUAUAUGUGGGAUUACUGAAGACACUAAUAGCACACAUAUUAUAAAGGCAGCUUUGCAAGCCAUUUGUUUUCAGACAAGAGACAUUUUAGAAGCUAUGAAAGAGGACACAGGUUUAAUUUUAUCUAAAUUGUUGGUAGAUGGUGCUAUGACUACCAAUAAUUUGUUAAUGCAAAUGCAAGCAGACAUUUGUGGAAUUCCAGUUGUGAGGCCUUUAAUGUGUGAAACUACUGCACUUGGAGUUGCAAUUGCUGCAGGAAAUGCAGAUGGUAUACGUAAAUGGGAUGUGAAAAUAGACGCCGCUGUACCAAGCGACACCUUUCUACCUUCGAUAACUGAGAAUGAACGAGAUAUAUUAUAUUCUCAAUGGAAAAUGGCUAUCGAUCGUAGCUUAGGUUGGGAACCAGUAACUGAUACCAACGACGAUACAAAGAAUAUCCACAAAGCAACUGCUCCUGGUAUUUUUGUGAUAAGUACGAUACUUUUGCUUAUGAUUGCCAAGUAUCAUUCUAUGUUAUGACUGAAUGAGUACAGUACUAUGUACUGUAUUUGUCUCAGAUUAUGCAUUUAGGCAGGUCCUGUUUGCUAAUAAAUAUUUGGACUCUUAUUUGAUAUUAACUAUACUGGUCAUAUUAAACCUUGUAAGUAUGAAGAAUGAACUAAAGAACAAAUACAAAUAAAAGUGCCAUAAUAUUGUGAUAA